UGCCGUUUCUCCAUCAAACAACAAAAUUAUUUGUAGUCGCAAUUCGCUCCAACGCUCAUCGUGCUUCUCGACAGACUCGCUUUACAGCGCCACAGUGCAUAUCUGAUAUGGAUAACUGGCAUACAGCACAGUGUACAAAGCCCGACAUCGCCGUCUUUCCUGGAAUUAAUGUUCCGGCAUGUAUGAACUGUGGAGAAAUUUGCCCAUCUCACCGAACAGACAACAAACACAACGAUGAACUUCAAAUUCCAUCAGCGGGCAGGCGGUCUACUAUGCAAUUGAAGUGGCCGCCAUCGAUGUCAUAUCAGAACCAUGCUUACUCCGAAGACCCUGAUGGCUCGUUGCACAAGUCUCUGGCCUCACUGGUUGACCAAGAAUGGUGCGACAACGAAACAGACAAACGCAGUUCUUGCUCUUCCGUUAUCAAGACAGCUCAGACUCCAUCUUCGCAAGUAAGCAAGACCUCAUAUGAGCCUCUUGAUGGUACAAAGAUACGUAUUCUACGAUUGCACAAAGGGCGGUUUGGAGAUUGCUUGCACGGAGACUUUGAAGCUGUGAGCCUUCGGGUUCGAGACGGAGAGUCAAAAGAGCCAGAAACGAGAGGAUCAGAUGGAAGGGAAAAUGCUCCACCAUAUGAAGCCGUUUCAUAUACCUGGGCCAAAGGAAAUGGGAGAAGAGAAAAGAGCCACGCCAUAUUUAUCAGAAAGCGUUGGGAGUCACUUCCAAUCACUGAAAACUGCUAUGAUGCCUUGCAAAACUGUCGAUUUGAUGACCGAGAUAGAUGUCUCUGGGUUGAUGCAAUCUGUAUCAACCAGUCAAACAUUUCUGAAAGGACUCAUCAAGUCGGCAUGAUGAGACGUAUAUACUCAACUGCCAGCCGCGUUCUGAUAUACCUAGGGAUGGAUGAUACUGGGAGCGGCUCGGAAAUCACGGAUGAUCCCCAGACUCUUAGUGGUAACCCGUAUUUCUCGCGUAUAUGGGUGGUACAAGAGAUCGGGUCUGCGAAACAGGCGCUUGUUUUGUAUGGUCGUCAAGCCAUGCAUUGGGAAUUUUUCCACGGAAACCUACAGCGCUUGUCUAGUAGGAGAUGGAUGCGGCAUUUUGGGUCCCCCCAGAAGAUCGAUGAUAGUCUUGAGUUCUUGACCCUGCUAGAGGAUACGCGGAACUGCAACGCUUCUGAUCCAAGGGAUAAGAUCUUUGCUUUACUUGGGCUCUGGAAGAAACCGGUAGAGCCAGACUACACGCUAUCACCUCAAGCUGUGUACACAGGAUUGGCAUCCACCCUUGUGAGGGAUGAGAGCUGGAAAGUGGUAGCACAAUUACUUGAUAUGGCGACCCAUGGCCGCUCGAUGCCUGGCCUCCCAUCAUGGGUUCCUGAUUGGAGUGAAAAGAGUCAACGGUCGUACCGACCUGAUUGGAAAAGUAGUUUCCCCUCUCAUUUAUUCCCGCUUCGGUCAGAAGAUGAUGGAAGAUUUCGGGUCCAUGGCAAAACCGGCUCUUUGUGCAUUCUGGCCGAUGAGAUCGACAUAAUGGCCCCAUACCUUUCCCAUGGGUUCCAGUCAGUCACCGAUGGGAUGGUCACUGUGGAGGCUGGAUGUUUUGAGGUCUCAGUAGCCCCUGAGGUCCUGCAGAUAUGCGAACCCACUGACAGUAUCUUCCGCCUUUCUCAAGAUACAUUCUGUCUAAUCCUUCGGAAGAAAGCCGACCCCAAUGUCUACAGGUUUAUAGGACUUUGCAAAUACUCGAGUUCAUGGAACGAUGAGCAGGAGCUUGACACCAUCAGAUAUCUUCUGGACUGGGCUUGGCUCUUCUCACUAGGGCAAAAACAACCCUGGUCGGAGUCCACUACUUGGACGAAUACCCAGGUCUGUUGGUUCGCUCUUCGAAAGCAGAAGAAACUAGAAACUCGACUCUUUCUUAAGAGAGUUAUUAGAAAAGCCCAAUCCCUGCAAAAGAUACGUAAUAUGGCUAAAGAAGCGCAAGAGAUUCUGAGCAGUUACAGUGGAGAAAAACAACUAUUAAAGGAAUUUUUCAAGCGUCAACGGAAGAAAAUCUAUAAGCUAUGGCAGCAACAAGACGAAAAAAUAUUUGUGGAUCAUCAAGCACAUAAGGCCUUGAUCAGAAAAUUGCUUCCAGGCUAUAGUAGCCUGGAACCGUUGCGAGACACUACCCAAUAUCCACCAGGACAGUCGAUGUGGCUUCCAGUGUCUUCCUGUUGGAUUGGAGGAAUGUCCACCAAAGGAGAAACUCGCGAUCAAUACACUGAAAACCGAUUGCUUGUGGAUUGUGUUUCCAGGAAUAUUCCAUUACCCCCUCUUCAUCUGAUUACGGAUCAGAAGAGCCAUAUUGCUCUUUCCCUUCAGCUAGGGCUUGAGAAAGGUCUCCGGCAGCUACAGAGGUUAUCACAAGAGCACUUGCUGCAAGAUGUAAUAGAUCAUGAGAGGGGUUUAAGAUCCUAUAAUCUAGGGUCGAAUUGGCACGACUUCAAAGUAGAGAAGUGGGACAUUUUCCUGCAUUGGCUAUCCAAGCCAAUGUCACCAAGCUAUGAUAUACUAACACACGGAUUAAGAAGGGACAUACCUUUGAUUUGGGAAGGAGGGUUCGAAACCAGAGCCCAGCUUGAAGAAGCGCAUGCUUGGCUAGACGAUAACUUUGAUCACCACCUAACUGCGCUAUCCUCCUCACCCAGCAGCGAAUCAUCCCUCGAUGAGAUCUUCGCACUCAUAUACCGCGAACAGUUCGAACUCCUCUGGAUGUUUCUUUUUUCUAGAUCAGGCUCUUUCUCCAUCCGACAUGAUACAAUUGGCGCUCAGCUUGCACGCUGUUUUUUCUGGAGGUUUGAUCGCAGUAUCAAAAAGGCCUACUAUGUUGCUCAAAAACGGCGUCUGACUCACGACGAAACUAGGCAACUAUGGACCAUGUUCCUUGACUGGCUCACACAGGGAUCGUUUGAGGAGCAGGCUCGAGAAAUACCAUCGGAAGUAUUCGAUGAUCGGCCACAUUCGCUACUUGAUGAAAAAAGUAUCUAUGACAAUGAAGGGCAGAGGCCCUUGCGUAAAAUGAAGAGUGAAGAGGUGCUUAUCGUGCCGAAAACACAGGAAGUGGUUUUGGAAUGGUCUAAGCGAGCAUCACUUCUUUCACAUACGCGGCCUCCGGCAUUUUACAGAAAGCCGACACUAUCUGAGCUCGUCCACUCAGAAAUUUGGCGACGAAGGCUUCCAGAAAGGGUCUUUGCUUUUCUAUUCGACGACACUGAGACCACUCCUCAACCAACGCAAUCCGAUGACAGAAAUUUGGAGGAACUGCUUGCCAAUGGUCAGCUAUACAACUGUGGCGGGCCUUCAGUACAAGGCUGGAGACAGGAGACUGAGUCGUGGAAGGCUGUGGAGCAGUAUAUAUGGAAAUCAGAGUGGCAUAUGAGCUGCAUCAAAACAUACCUCUUGCGCGGAUCUAAAGCGAAGAAGGACAUGUAUAAGGAAAUUAUUAUCAUUUGAACGCUUGCUCAGAUUAAUGGAUUCCGAAUUAUUUAUGCUGAAAGACAACGAGGCUUUGGAUGCUGUUAACAAUCUGAGUCGCUGUUCCUGAGUCGUUCAUGGAGACAGUCGUGACAGGGAAGUGACAUGCGCCGUUCGUUAUGAGCCGUGAAUGAAACAUGGCUUGGACCUUAAUUUCAUCCCGACAGCUAGAAAAGUCAAAUAUAAGCAUGAUCUGCCUACCAUUCGAUCUUAUUAAUGCCCAUGACAUCACCCCA